AUGACUGUUGACAGCUUCCACAGCCCCGGUCCCGGAUACCACAUCAGAUAUCAAGAUCUCCGGGGAAUCCACAGAGCUGUGAUUGAGGGCGAUACAGAAAAAAUGCAGGAGAUACAGCAGUUGCUGGUUUUGGUUUAUGACUUAAAUAAAAGGGACAGGAAGAACAGGACGGCUCUCCACUUGGCGUGUGCCAUUGGGAGUGUAGAUAUGGUGAAGAUCCUGGUACUUUCUCAAUGCCAGCUAAACCUCCGUGAUGGAGAAAACAGGACAGCUCUCGUGAAGGCUGUACAAUGCCAAGAAGAGGCAUGUGUAGAUAUUCUUCUCAGAAAAGGUGCUGAUGUAAAUACUAAGGAUUUCAAGGACAACACCGCUCUCCAUUAUGCGGCCUAUGAGGGAAAUAUCUCAAUAGCACGCAAGCUGCUUUUGAAUAAAGGAGAUAUAGAGGCCAAAAACAAGGAUGGCCUCACACCGCUUCUAGUUGCUGUAAAUGAAAAAAAGAGAAAA